AGAGAUUCCCCGCCUCCUCUCCCAAGGUCGUCCCUGCUGCCUGGAUCGGAAGGACGCCCCCCUCCCCUCCCUACCAGCCCUCUCCCUGACAGUGAUGAUGAUGAUGAUGAUGUGACCAGCAGUAAGAUCUCCUGGGGCAGUGAUGAUGACCUGCCCAUGCCCAGUGACACAGAGGACCAGCAGUCAUCUGGAAACCCUCCUGCUGCUGCUAACACCCUGCUGACAGAGAGUGACCUGGAAGAGAUGGAGGUGGUGUGCCCUCCCCCAGGCAGCAGGUACUCCGGAAAACCCCUGCAGAGCCUCAUCUCCACAAUCCAGGGCAAGAUGAAGGCUGAUGAACCUGUGGAAGAGUACAAGGCCCUGAGACAGCUGAAGGCGACGGACAACUGUGAGGUGGCGAAACAGCUGCAGAACCGCGACAAGAACCGCUUCAGGAACGUCCUGCCGUAUGACAACACCAGGGUACAACUGGGGGAGGACGGGGACUACAUCAACGCCAGUCAUGUCAGAAUUCCAGUAGGGAGUGACCAGUUCCACUACAUCGCCAGUCAGGGUCCACUACCUGUCACUGCAGGGUCAUUCUGGCAGAUGGUGUGGGAGCAAAGGGCAGAGGUCAUUGCCAUGGUAACCCUGGACACGGAGGGCGGGAAGGUAAAGUGCCAUCGUUACUGGCCCGACUCGUCAGAAACUCCGCUGACAUUCUGGAACAAGUACGAGGUCAGCCUAGUCUCCUCCCAGGCUCUGGAGGACUUCAACAUCCGCGCCUUCAGCCUAAGGGACCUGGAGACAGGAGAGGUUCGCUCGGUGACUCACCUGAACUUCACCACCUGGCCUGACCACGGCGUCCUCAAGUUCGCUGACCCCCUCCUCCGCUACACCCGAGUCAUCCGCAGAUUCCACCAAUCAGGGCCCAUUGUGGUGCACUGCAGCGCCGGGAUUGGUCGGACGGGAGUGUUGAUUCUGGUCGAUGCUGUGAUUGGCCUUGUGGAGAGGGACCAACUGUUUGAUAUCCAGAAGUUGGUGGAGACCAUGAGAGAGCAGAGACAGGGGAUGGUUCAGACAAAGGAACAAUAUGUCUUCUGCUACCAGUGCUGCCUGGAAGUCUUACAGAGUCUCAAGUAAACAUCGUCAAGCCAAGACUUCUCAAAAAAAGUCUCAAGGGUCUCUUGCAAGAUGUUGCAAGCCCAGUCUGAACUUAAGACAUUCAAGCCAAGUCUUCUCAAGAAAGGUCUUAAGGGUCUCUUGCAAGAUGUUGCAAGCCCAGUCUAAACUAAAGACAGUCAAGCAGAGUCUUCUCAAGAAAAGUCUCAAGUCAAAAGUGUCUAACCAAGAUCUCAUGAGUGGUCAAGGCAAGACUUCUCACGAAAAGUCUCAAGUGUCUAGCCAAGAUGUCUCAAGUAGUGAGUCUCAACUAAAGACAGUCAAGGCAAGACUUAGUCUUCUCAAGAAAAGUCUGAAGUCAAGUGUGUCUAGCCAAGGUGUCUCAAGUAGGGUAUCAACUAAAGACAGUCAAGGCAAGACUUAGUCUUCUCAAGAAAAGUCUGAAGUCAAGUGUGUCUAGCCAAGGUGUCUCAAGUAGGGUAUCAACUAAAGACAGUCAAGGCAAGUCUUCUCAAGAAGUGUCUCAAGUCAAAAGUGUCCAGUCAAGAUUUAUCAAGAUGACCACUGCUUGCCAGUACGUGAGAUGCCCAAACUGGCCACUAUUGAUGCAAUAUCAUAAAAAAAGCUUUGACCUUUACUCACAACGAUGUAUGAUAGCAUACUGUACAUAAGCCAUUAUCUGAAAUAUAUAAAAGUGUGCUUUAGCUUAAUGUAAGGGUAUCUAAGGUGAUUUUUUACAGGAAAGGGUGAAAAUAGGAAAUGGUGAAUUCUGUGCCUUUUUAUGUAAUCAUUGAGUAUUAAGAACCCCUAACAUGGAAACUUUGUCAGCGCGUUCAAUGAAUUCUGUACAUACAGUGGAAGGAAAUGUAAAGUGCCUUAAGUUACGUUUGAAAUUCUAGCCUUAACUUCAAGGGGUUAGUGCACUUAGGAAUUUUACCAGAAGCUGGUGGAAGGAAACCAUUAUGCAAUAUAAGCACAAGCUGAAAGGACAGUGCAUUUUUAAGGUUGUUCGGUGUGGAACAUUACCAAUAAGUGGACGUAACAAAAGCAUAUCCAGUUAAUUCUAUGUGUUGUUUCCAUUUUGUACAUACCUUUUGUAAGAAACCAUUUUUAGUAUAUCUUUUAAUGCAUAAAUAAAUUGCGCAUCAAAAUGUAGCUUUUUAUCAUUUUGUACAUACGUUGUUUAAGUCAAUACUUGUGGAACUUCUUGAAUGUGUAUUUUCACUUUCUAGACUGAACUAACUUUUAGCAGCUCUAUUGCAAACACAGUACUAAACAUUUUUCCUUUUUGUCUUAAAUGUGUUCCUUUUUUGUUUUAAGGCAUUGCUAUCUGUGUUAAACAUUUUUUUUUUAUUUUAAAAGAAUUCAGCCAAUAGUUUACUAUUUGAGUUGAUAGUCACCAAGCUGUUGAGGUGUGUCUGUAUGAGCCUCUUACUGUCUUAUAUUCCAUCCUAUAUUCUCAUAUAUUGUCUGCCAGUUGUGUAAAAGUAGGAUAGAAUCCACACGAACUUCCUUGUAAAAAUGAUGCACACUUGCCAAUA